AUGCAGGCAGGCAAUGAAUGGGCUGUGAACAUUCAGCGUGAUAGUUAUGCUUCGUAUAUCCGAUGCUUGCUUACUUUGCAAUCGCUCAGAACGAAUCCAUUGGACGAGAACGCUACAACUUCAUGCAGAAAAUGCUUUUACCUUGUGGCCUUCCUCCAGAAAGAGAAGAUGACUAAAGAGUUUGCAAGUGUUUCGGUAAUUGGAAUCAGAAGAGAGAAAAACCAUUAA